UGCCAAACCCCAGUACAGACGUUAAAGCUGGAAGUACAUGCAAUGUGGCUGGCUGGGGAAAAACAAACAACAUAAAUAAAUUUGGAUCAGACGUUCUGAGAGCUGUCAAUGUCACAGUUAUCGACAGAAUGAAAUGCAACAGCAUGGAUUACUACAAUUUUAAACCCAUCAUAACCAACGACAUGCUCUGUGCUGGCACUGACAGCAGCAAAAAUUCAAAAGCAGUAGGCGCUUGUGAGCUUUAUUGUUUUUCAUACCCAUUUACUGAGUUCACAGAGGCCACAGCCUAUCCAGCACAAAGCACAUUAGACAAAAUAUUACAACUGUGCAUUUUAUUUUACAGUUUGCUGGAGGAAGUGUUUAACUGGGAUUCUGGUGGCCCACUUAUCUGCAAUGGAGAAUUCAGAGCUAUUACAUCUUUUUCUCACCACUGUGGCCUCUUGAAAAAGCCUGGAAUAUAUACACUGUUAUCCAAGAAGUACAUCGAAUGGAUCAAAAAAGUGACCAAAUCUAAUCUGUAAAACUUUGCUGUCUUUUGUUUUUUUAUUUUAAUCCUCCUAGUUUAAAGCAUGGGAGUUUUGUGUCAUUAUUAUUUAUAUUGUUCAAUAUUUUGUGAUGGUCUUCAAGAUCUUCAUAUCUGUUUUGCUUUGUUUGGAAUAUUUUCAGCAGGGAC